UCUCUCUCUCUCUCUCUCUCUCUCUCUCUCGUCUCGAAGUUAACGCAUUGCAGCGAACCCGCAAAUUCCGGACAGGACACCAAGAAGGAAGCAGGCGAGCUUCAAGAGGAGGACUCCGAGGCUCUCGAGGAACCCCAGGGUCAAGGCGAGAUCGAGCGCCGGCUUCAGAGCCUCCAGAUCCGGGGAUAUCAAGAGCAGCAGCGGGAGCCGACCGAGCUGUCAUUCUCGCUCCUCUUUGGCCAGCCCCCCCGCUUGCUUUCCAAUCGCGCCUCGUCCGACACACUGCCCGUUGCCCAGCCUGCCAGGGGCGAACGAGCACGCGACAACAACGGCCAACCGUCGUCCCCCCGCAACUAGCGGGCUCCGCCGAUCGCCAUGGCCACCAACAGCCUGCAGGUCCGCAAUGCGGACUUCUCUGUCAGCAAACAGAUGGCGAUCGAGGACGCGGAAAAAAUGCAGGCACUAGUCGAAGAGGAAUGUAACAAGGAGGGAAAGGAAGUUCCCCCUUACCGGCUCCAAGAGUUGAUCGGCAAAGGGAACUACGGUCGGGUCUACAAGGCCACCGACCUCAAGACGAAAUCGCUCGUCGCCGUCAAGAUCAUCAACAUUGAGGAGGGCGACACCCUCAAUCCCAAACUCGCCGACACGUACAGCGAGUUUAUGCACGAAUUCUCCACCCUCAAGAAGCUCAGCGAAAGCGGCGCCAAGAACAUCAACCUCACCCUCGACGUCCUCCCGGUCGGCCAGGCCAUGUGGAUGGUGACCGAGUACUGCGCCGGAGGGAGCGUCGCGACCUUGAUGAAACCCACGGCCCCGGGCGGGCUGCAGGAGAAAUGGAUCAUCCCGAUCGUGCGAGAAGUGGCCGAGGCCAUCUACUGGGUCCACAAGGAAGGCAUCAUUCACAGAGACAUCAAAUGCGCCAACGUCCUCGUCACCGAGGCCGGCGGCGUCCAGCUCUGCGACUUUGGCGUGGCCGGCAUAGUCGAGUCCAAGCUGGACAAGCGGACCACCUUCAUCGGAACGCUCAACUGGAUGGCCCCGGAGCUGUUCGACCCCGAGCCUUCCUACAGCACGCCCGUCGACAUCUGGGCUUUCGGCUCCCUGGUCUACGAGCUCGCUUCGGGCCUCCCUCCCAACGUCAUGGCCGGCUUCAGCGUGCAACAGCUGGGUCAGUAUAUCAAGCAUCACGCUCCCCGCCUGGAGGGCGACUACUCGGACAAGAUCAAGGACCUGGUGGCGUUCUGCCUGGUCGAGGACCCGGCCAAGCGGCCGAGCAUCCAGGAGAUCCAGCGGCACCCAUUCAUCUACAACACGAGCGAGGAGUACCCGACCUCCUCGCUCGCCAACCUCGUCAAGGCGUACAAGCUCUGGGAAGGGCAAGGCGGCGUCCGGAGAUCGCUCUUCGCCCCGGUCGGCGUCCAAGGGCCAUCCGAUCAUUCGUCCCCGGGCCUGCCCAACGACGAGUGGAACUUCAGCACCACGGUCGACUUUGACCGGCAGGUCAUGAACACGGAUGCCCAGGCCGUCUUCGACGUCUACGGCUCCAACGUCGAUUUCGAGAUCAGCGAGCAGACCUCCCGCCCUGCCAAGCCCAAGCAGCGCCGGCGUCUCCCGCCGCAGCUCCAGCCGCUGAAGGCGCCUCUAGAGAAGGUCUUCGACCCCAACACCAUCUCCAACUACGAGGAAAACUCGCGCGCCUACUACGGCAAAGCCCCGCCGCCCCCGAUGACCAGUACGACAUCGGAUCUUCCCCUGCGCGACGACUCGCUCCACUCCACCCUGCGGGAGUCUCUGAUCGACCUCGAUGCCUCCCUCCACGACGGCGGCGAGCUCUCUCAGUUUGUCGACAUGGCAACCAUCCGGGCGGGAAUGCGCCUCCCGAGCGACUCGGACGGCGAGGAGACGACGGAUUUCAACAGACCGCCCCUGAGCGAUCCAGCAGACCUGAACGCGAACCGGCGCACUCAGGAAUGGAAAUUCCCGACCAUGGCCCCCCCGGCUUCGGCGAACCCGGAAAUGUCCCGGUUCCCGUUCCACGAGGAUCGGCCCGACCCCAACCCGGGCCCUCCCAUGAUCUACCAUCCCACGGACCGGGGUGGGUACCUCGCCGAGCCGUACGACUUGCCGCCGGCGCAGUCUCAGGACAACCGCGCCUCGGUGGGCAGCCUCAUCGACCUGGACGAGGGCCUGGUGAUGCCGGAGCCCGCCCGGCCAUCCACCGCCAACUCGGACGCCGCCUCGAUGGCGGGAUCGGACAUUGGCGGCGCAAACCCGUUCGACCUCGAGCGCCACGCCUCCCUCUACCAGCCGCAUCAGCUCGGCAUCCGCGAGCCCUCCAUCUUGAUCUCGGACGACAGCGAGUUCGCACAGCUGGCAAAGACAACCACCAUCACUACCACCACCACCGCCGGCGGCGGCGGCGGCGACGACGGGCAGUCGGGGCCUCCCGACUUCGCCUCGGCCGCUAGCGGUAGCGGCUUCCGCUCGACGUCCCACUCGCGCUCGACCAGCUACGACGACGACAACUACUCGGCCAGCGGCUACGACUCGGAGUCCCUCACCAUGGGCCCGUCCAAUUCGUCGAUGAGCAUCACCGACCGGCGCAGCAGGGCCCGGACCAGGGGACGGUCGCAGUCCGGCGCGAGCGUCAGCAGCACCAGCAACAACAACAACUACUACUACAACAACUACAACAACAACGCGCAGCUGCAGCAUCCGAGGAUAGCGGCGGCGGCAGCCGCCGGGGCGAUGAACGGUUCCGGGCUGGACCACGCGGACACGAAUGAAAGGGGUGGUGGAGGUGCUAGUGGAGGUGUUGAGGGUGGUGUUGCUGGGGUGCCACCGGCACCGCCGUCGGCGAGGGUCAUGCUGGGCGCGGCCGGCCGCGAGGAGGUGCGCGAGGAGGUGAUGCGGCUGCUGGCGAGCUUUUCGGAGCAGCUGUGUGCGACGAAUGCCUACGUCUCGGCGCUGCCGAUCAGCACGGGGCGCAGGGGCAGCGAGGCGUAUGCUGGCUGAGGAUAUGCUGGGUUACUACGCACGCACACAAUGGGCAUGGAAAGAUGGAUGGAUUGGCGAAGUGCGGAUCAUCUCUUGCGCAGUUUUCCACGACAAUUUUUUUUUUUUUAUUUUCCCUGUAGAGUAUGACGGAUGACAUAGCAUCAUGGCUAGACAGCGUGGCGUUUGGAAGGGGAAAGAGACGGCGCAGAUAUUAUUUACUUGGGCGGUUCAUUCACGAGGAAUAAUCAGUC